AUACCGAUGCAGCAAAUACCGUCGCAGCAGCAAGUUCCUAUUCAGCAAGUCCCGAUACAACAGCAAGUACCGCUACAGCAAGUUCCAUUGCAACAGCAAGUUCCAGUGCAGCAGCAAGUUCCAAUGCAGCAGCAAGUACCAGUACAGCAGCAAGUCCCAAUACAACAGCAAGUACCAAUGCAGCAGCAAGUACCAAUACAACAGCAAGUCCCAAUGCAGCAGCAAGUCCCAAUGCAGCAGCAAGUCCCGAUGCAGCAAGUCCCGAUGCAGCAAGUCCCGAUGCAGCAAGUCCCGAUGCAGCAAGUCCCGCUGCAGCAAGUCCCGCUGCAGCAAGUUCCGAUGCAGCAGCAAAUGCAUCCCGGCCAAGUUCCCAUGCAACAAUUGCUCCCUGGACAAGUACCAAUGAUGCCAAUUCAUCCUGAACAAGGUCAAAUGCCCCCCCACAUACUCCCAGGACAACCACCAGUCCAUAUCGCACAACCUCCUAUGACCAUGCCAUUAUUUGAUGAAAAUGCUGAUGAUGCACCAGCUGUGGCCAUGGAAUACAAAGUCCAUGUUGAUCCUGGGAAAGAAGAGUGCUAUUUCCAGUUUGUCCAAAAAGGAGCUACAAUUUAUGUCAGCUUUCAGGUUCUUCGUGGGGGAGAUGGCAUGGCAGGUUUUGCAGUUAGGAACCCUAGUGGGCAAUUAGUACAUCCAUAUCAAUGGAAGCCAGCAUCUGAAUUUCAAGAAGUAUCGCCCACCGGUGGAUAUUAUGGGAUAUGUGUGGACAAUCAGUUCUCUCGAUUUGCUGCUAAAUUAGUCAAUCUUUACAUCACGACCUUCAGAUACGACCAAUGGGAGAAAUUUACUCAGGAACUUAAAGAUAUUGACGUUAGUGCAGAAAACUGCACGAAUAUACUGCAAGGCGUUGAUAAACGCAUCCAAGGAAUCUUGCAAAUGCAGCAAUUGGCCAGAAGCAGGGAAGCACGUGACUACAAUCUUCUUUUGGAUAACGAGACCUACGUGCAAAAUUGGUCUAUAGCACAAUGCGUUGUGGUUAUUGCUUGCUUUGUUGUCCAGGUAUAUUUUGUGAAGAAACUAUUCGAAACGAAAAGCGGUGGCCGAGGACGAAUUUAGAGAUCUUAUCUGACAUGGAAUUUAAAGAAACUUAUUUUUGAGCCAAUCUCUUCAGAUCUUCCACAUUGACGACAUAGUUUUAAAUGUUCAAAUGACUCUUUGAAUGACUCUUUAAAUGAUGGUUGCUCUAUUGUUUUUACAAUCCGUCCCAAUAUACAUUCCAUGUGUCUCUACAUUUAAUGAAUUUUCAAUGUGAAACUGAGUUGUGAAUUUGGUGAUUACAAAAUACAGAAGAAAAAGUGCUGGUA